UGUAAUUUCUGCUGCAUUUCUUCUCAAUUAUUCAUAAUUAAUUAGAAAUUUGCUUCGAUCGAGUGAAAAUUUUAGAUUAGUUAAAGGAAUUCCAGGAUAAUCGUGAUUGUGGAAUUGUACAGAGGUUUUUAUAUUUUUCUUUUGUAAAUUCGGUGUGUACGAUGAUGAUGGAGGCUCCGGAGAGUGGGAGACCGGUGGCUUUGGAAUUUCCGGUGUGUGAGACGCCAUCGUCUUCGCGUGUGCCGAAGAGGAUUCGGAAGAGGCUUCUUGCCGAGUGUAAGACUCCUCCAACUGUAGAAAAAAUUGAAGACAAGCUUCGACAUGCCGAUCGUCGUAGACAGCAAUUCCAUGAAAACCUGUCAAGGAAGGCAAGAUCAAAGCCAAGAAGCCCCUCCAGAUCCUCACCAAAUGAGGAAGACCUUGGUCAGCGCCUUGAAGCAAGGCUUCAAGCUGCCGAGCAGAAAAGGUUGAGCAUUUUGGAAAAGGCUCAGAUGCGCCUGGCAAAGUUAGAUGAACUAUGGCAGGCAGCAAAAACUGGGGUAGAAAUGCGUUUUGAGAAGGAACGUGAGAAGCUUGGCACAAAAGUUCAGUCACGUGUUCAGCAGGCAGAGGCUAACAGAAUGCUUAUCUUUAAGGCUUACAGCCAGCGGACAGCAACUCUAAAAGAGAGAUUGUCACAAUCAUUGUUACGGAGGAUGACCAGAGAGAGUAAGUACAGGGAGUGUGUUCUUGCUGCUCUUCAUCAAAAGUGUGCAGCUGCUGAGAAAAACCGGCUGAGACUGCUUGAAGCAGAGAAGAAGAAAGCCCGUGCUAGAUUUUUGCAAGUUCGGCGAGUUGCUAAGUUUAUCUCUCAUCAGCGUGAGGUUGAGAGGAGGAGGAUGAGAGGCCAGUUAGAAGACAGACUGCAAAGGGCAAAGAGACGGAGAGCAGAGUACUUGAGCCAGAGAGGAAGGCCACAUAAAUCAAUUCAAGUGAACUGUACCAGGAAGCAAGCUGAUCUGCUUUCUAGAAAACUAGCAAGGUGCUGGAGGUGGUUUGUUAGGCAGAGAAAAACUACUUUAGACUUGGCAAAAGCCUUUGACUCAUUGAAAAUCAAUGAGAAUUCUGUUAAGUCAAUGCCAUUUGAACAACUUGCUCUCCUGAUUGAAUCACAUAGUACCCUUCAAACUGUGAAAGGUUUGCUUGACCGAAUUGAGAGCCGCAUUAAGGCCUCUAGGGAAGCUGGUGCGACUGAUCAUCUAUCCUGUUUGGAUAACAUUGACCAUCUUCUUAAAAGGGUUGCUACUCCAAAGAGGAGGACCACUCCCAGGACCUCUGUGAGAAGCAGAGAGGCUAAGAGAGUUGUCUCUGGGAGGGAGGCUGCCAAAAGUCUUACAUCAUCAUCAAGAUAUCCUGUUAGAGUAUUUCUUUGUGCAUACAUGAUAUUGGGCCAUCCUGAGGCUGUUUUAAGUGGUCAGGGAGAACAGGAGAUUGCUUUGGCGAAGUCUGCUGAAGCAUUUGUUCGAGAGUUUGAGUUGUUGGUAAAGAUUAUUUUAGAGGGUCCCAUACUGAGUUCUGAUAAAGAACCCGAGACUGCAAUAAGUAAACGUUUGACAUUUAGGUCACAGCUCGCAUCAUUUGAUAAAGCAUGGUGCUCCUACCUGAGUUGUUUUGUGGUGUGGAAGGUCAAGGACGUUCAGUCAUUGGAAGAGGACUUGGUAAGAGCAGCUUGCCAGCUCGAGCUCUCAAUGAUUCAAAAGUGCAAGUUGACUCCUGGAGGAGAUAACACUGCUCUUACACAUGAUAUGAAGGCUAUCCAAAGACAGGUUAUGGAAGAUCAAAAGCUCUUAAGGGAGAAAGUGCAACAUUUGUGCGGAGAUGCUGGAAUUGAACGAAUGGAAUGUGCAAUAUCUGAAACACGCACUAAAUUUUUUCAAGAAAAGGAAAGCGGGAGCCCAAUAGAAUCACCAAGUACGCCUUCUCUAUCUCCAAGCACAGAUGGUUUUCCUAGUUCUUCGACUUCUGGAACAGAUGAAAGAAGUGAUCCGACUCGGAUGCCAAACCUUGUUGUCCGCUCUCUGUUUAAGGAAGAUGAAGUUAGCACAUCUCAGUCCAAAAGUUCCUGUUCCUCUGUGCCUAGCAGCUGCCAUUCAGGUGCUCUGUUAGGUUCUUCUAUUGAAAAGCAGCUGGUCACUGAGAAUGAAUUGAUUGUUAAUGAAUUUCUUCAUGAAAAGCGUGGCUUUGUUGAUAGCUUCAGUGUCAUCGAUAAAGAACAGAACGGCAUAAAGGAGAAGAUAAGAGAAACAAUGGAGAAGGCUUUCUGGGAUGGAAUUAUGGAAUCCAUGAGACAGGAUAACCCCAAUUAUGACCGAGUUAUUGACCUUGUGAAGGAAGUCGGGGAUGAAAUUUGUGAGAUGGCUCCUAAGAGCUGGAGAGAAGAAAUAAUGGAUACUAUUGAUCUAGAAAUACUCUCCCAGGUGCUGAAGUCGGGAAACUUGGACAUCAACUAUCUUGGAAGGAUUCUAGGGUUUGCAUUGAGCACUUUGCAGAAGCUCUCCUCUCCAGCCAAUGAUGAUGAAAUGAAGGCUGCUAACCAGAUGUUAUUGAAAGAGUUAGCUGACAUUUGUGAAGCCAAAGAUAAGCCGAAUCAUUCUCCUGCCCUUGCAAUGGUCAAAGGUCUACGGUUUGUCCUAGAACAGAUUCAGGAUCUUAAGCGGGAGAUUAGCAAAACCCGUAUAAUGAUGAUGGAGCCAUUGUUAAAGGGACCUGCUGGUGUGGAUUACCUUCGGAAAGCUUUUGCAAACUGUUAUGGGUCUCCUUCUGAUACUCGGUCAUCUUUACCAUUGACAACGCAGUGGCUUUCAUCUGUAUGGCAAUGCAAAGAUCAAGAGUGGGUAGAACACCAAAAUUCUGUGUCAACUUUGAAGGCCCAGGAUAGUUCAUCUCAGGACCUUCUUACUCCCAUUAUCCUUAAAACUGGUGGAAGCUGCAAUUCAGCAAAUGCAAGCCAAAUGACAUUUUCCAAAUCUCCUAAAGUUACAGAUAAUCAACAACCAGAAUGCAAGGGAGAGACCGUUGAUAUUGUGGUGAGGCUUGGUUUGCUGAAGUUAGUAAGUGGAGUUUCCAGUCUAACCCCAGGUUCUCUGCCGGAAACCUUCAUGCUUAACCUUGCUAGAUUGAGGGGUGUUCAGGCUGAGAUUCAGAAGAUAAUUGUAAUAUCCACAAGCAUUCUUAUUUGUGGUCAAAUUUUCUUGAGCGAGCAAGUAGUAUCCCCUACUCAUAUGGAAACCGUAAUAUCAAGUUGCACCAAGCGGCUCUCGGAGCUCUUAGACCGCGUCGAAGAUGUUGGAAUUGAAGGGAUUGUUGAAGUAAUCAGCGGGUUCUCCAAAGUAACAGAUGAUGAGAAGGCUCGGAAGAGGAAAGUUAUGAUGGGCAGGAUGAUGGCAAAGAGCUUGCAAGCUGGGGAUGCAGUAUUUGAGAAGGUACGGCGUGCUGUUUAUUUAGCUUUUAGAGGGGUUGUAUUUGGGGGAAGUGGUGUCUAUGGUAGAAAGUUGGCGGAAAUUGCUCUCCGGCAGGUCGGGGCUGGGAAGGGUGCGGGUUUGCUGACAGAGAGGGUUGUGAAAGCGUCGGAGGUGCUGGUGGUUGUGGCCACGGUUUCUGUCGGCAUCCACGGGCCAUGGUAUACGACCUUGAUGGGUAACAUGUGAUUUGUGAAAAGAUGAGGAUAAAUAAUGCAUAACUGUAAUUACAAGUGUACAAACUUAAAACCCUGCUUUAAACCGUAGUGAGCAGUCCCUCGGUGUAGCAUAUAUCGUGUUCCUGUGUUUCAGUAGAACUUGUUAAUAGUAUGUGCUUCGAACAAUUUCUUUUAGAAUUAAAAAAUAUAUAAUAUUUUUCUAA